AUGAUGAGAAUAGCGAUCGCUGGAGGCUCCGGCCUCGGAUAUCUCCUGGCCAAAGAACUCUCUGAGGCUGCAAACGCCUACAACGUUGUUGUGUUAUCAAGAUUCGAUCGGUCUGAUUACUAUGCGUCACUCGAUGUCCAAGUCAUGCAAGUCAACUACGACGACUUCUCGAGCCUAGCAUACGCCCUACACGGGGUCAACCUCGUCAUAUCCAUCGUGAAUGGAAACGAACAACUCAACUUGAUUAACGCUGCUGCCCAGAGCGGCGUGCAAUACUUUGUACCUCGCGAGUUCGAGGGAUCCAUCGAGAAGCGGCCGGGAGACCCUGAUCCCCUUGACCCAACAUCAACUUCAUCACAAGCAAGACAACUGUUGCGGAGGUGGGCUAGAUCGUCAUCCAUGAAAUGGACUGUCUUCUCUUGUGGAAUCUUCAUGGAAAGAUUCCUGCCUCAGGGUCUCGGGAGCCUUACGAUCGGAUAUGGUGCCAACCUGGCUGACCCGGGUUCCUACCUGCUCGACGUCAACAGUUACACAGCUGAGUAUGUGGAAAAGAAUGCCCAGGGUCGUUCUGUCCGCGUCUGCAUGACUUCUGUCUAUGAUGUCGCCCGGUUUGUCGUCGCAGCGAUCGAUCUCGGGCCUGCGAACUGGCCUCGUGAGCUCACGAUGCGUGGUGAUCGGGUGACACUUCGAGAUGUUGUUGGCCAGUGUGGAAGACAACUGAAUGCUGCUUUCCAGCUUUCCCAGUGGCAGCUUGCCGAUCUACCACAGCUGACAAACAUGUCCUACGAGCAAGGUGACUUUGCAAGAGUUUCCUUCUAUCAGCAGCUCCAAGCAACAGUCGAAGGACGAUACGACUUUGGACAGACCUCGCUGAAUGACAUGGUUGAUGCCAGCCCGUCCGUUGACGUUCAACCAAUGAGGUUCCGUGACUGGUUGGCCGCGUACUUCCCUGGGUCCGCCUAG